GCCACCCCGGGCUAUGGAGAAGAAGAGCGCAGAGAACGGCAUCUACAGCGUGUCCGUCGACGAGAAGAAGGGUCCCCCCAUCGCUUCCGGGCCCGACGGUGCCCCAGCCAAGGGCGAUGGCCCGGCGGGCCUGGGGGCGACAGGCGGCAGCCUGGCCGUGCCGCCGCGUGAGACCUGGACGCGCCAGAUGGACUUUAUCAUGUCGUGCGUGGGCUUCGCCGUGGGCCUGGGCAACGUGUGGCGCUUUCCCUACCUGUGCUACAAGAACGGCGGAGGCCCAGCUUAGCAACAGCGACGGGCACGCGUGUCCUGUGACUGCAAAGCAGCAGGCCUGCCGGGAAGGGAAAGAACUGGCCACUGAGGGUGUGUUCCUCAUUCCCUACGUCCUGAUCGCCCUGGUCGGGGGAAUCCCCAUUUUCUUCCUGGAGAUCUCGCUGGGCCAGUUCAUGAAGGCUGGCAGCAUCAAUGUCUGGAACAUCUGUCCCAUCUUCAAAGGCUCAUCCCCAGGCCUGGGCUACGCCUCCAUGGUGAUUGUCUUCUACUGCAACACCUACUACAUCAUGGUGCUGGCCUGGGGCUUCUACUACUUGGUCAAGUCCUUCACCACCACUCUGCCCUGGGCCACGUGUGGCCACGCCUGGAACACUGGUGACUGCGUGGAGAUCUUUCGCCAUGAAGACUGUGCCAAUGCCAGCCUGGCCAACCUUACAUGUGACCAGCUCGCUGACCGCCGGUCCCCUGUCAUUGAGUUCUGGGAGAACAAGGUCUUGCGGCUCUCGGCUGGGCUGGAGGUGCCCGGGGCCCUCAACUGGGAGGUGACCCUGUGCCUAUUGGCCUGCUGGGUGCUGGUCUACUUCUGUGUCUGGAAGGGGGUCAAGUCGACAGGGAAGAUUGUGUACUUCACUGCUACAUUCCCCUAUGUGGUCCUCGUUGUGCUGCUGGUGCGUGGGGUGCUACUGCCUGGAGCCCUGGAUGGCAUCAUCUACUAUCUCAAGCCAGACUGGUCCAAGCUGGCGUCCCCUCAGGUAUGGAUAGAUGCUGGGACCCAGAUUUUCUUUUCUUAUGCCAUCGGCCUGGGGGCCCUCACAGCCCUGGGCAGCUACAACCGGUUCAACAACAACUGCUACAAGGAUGCCAUCAUCCUGGCACUCAUCAACAGCGGGACCAGCUUCUUUGCUGGCUUUGUGGUCUUCUCCAUCCUGGGUUUCAUGGCAACAGAGCAGGGCGUGCACAUCUCCAAGGUGGCGGAAUCGGGGCCCGGCCUGGCCUUCAUUGCCUACCCCCGGGCCGUCACGCUGAUGCCUGUGGCCCCACUCUGGGCUGCCCUGUUCUUCUUCAUGUUGCUGCUGCUCGGGCUCGAUAGCCAGUUUGUAGGUGUGGAAGGCUUCAUCACCGGCCUACUAGACCUCCUCCCGGCCUCCUACUACUUCCGUUUCCAAAGGGAGAUCUCCGUGGCCCUCUGCUGUGUCCUCUGCUUUGUCAUCGACCUCUCCAUGGUGACUGAUGGCGGGAUGUACGUCUUCCAGCUGUUUGACUAUUACUCCGCCAGCGGCACCACACUGCUGUGGCAGGCCUUUUGGGAGUGCGUGGUGGUGGCCUGGGUGUACGGAGCCGACCGCUUCAUGGACGACAUUGCUUGCAUGAUCGGGUACCGGCCUUGCCCCUGGAUGAAAUGGUGCUGGUCCUUCUUCACGCCGCUGGUCUGCAUGGGCAUCUUCAUCUUCAACGUAGUGUACCACGAGCCACUGGUCUACAACAACACCUACGUGUACCCGUGGUGGGGCGAAGCCAUCGGCUGGGCCUUUGCACUCUCGUCCAUGCUGUGUGUGCCCCUGUACCUGCUGGGCUCCCUUCUCAGGGCCAAGGGAGCCACGGCAGAGCGCUGGCAGCACCUGACCCAGCCUGUCUGGGGCCUCCACCACCUGGAGUACCGAGCUCAGGACGCGGACGUCAGGGGCCUGACCACCCUGACCCCAGUGUCUGAGAGCAGCAAGGUCAUCGUGGUGGAGAGUGUCAUGUGACAGACACCCCGCCCACAUCACCAGCUCCCCCUCUGGUAGCCAUAGCAGCCCCCGCUUGAGCCCCGCCUACCUGGGGGGGGCUGUCUGGGGUGAGGGGAGGAUGCACUGCGAGUGCUAAAAUUUUUUCCAUUUUUAAUAAAACGCCAAAAAUAUCAACCCACCAAAAAUAGAUGCCUCUCCCCCCUGGCCCUAGCCAACCUGCCCCCCCACCCCACCCCCACACUGCUCCCUGGCCCCAGCUCCUCCCCAUGCCACCACCCUCUGCCUGCCUCCCGAGGCUCUGCUCUGUGACACCUUCGGGUGGCCCCUCAGCCUGCCGGUAGCAGUGGCAGUCUUGGGAAAGAGGGGUGAGCACAGGAGGGGAGGGGAGACCAGCAGGAGGAAGCCAGUGGUUCCCCAUGCCUGUUCUGAAGAUCCGAGAGCCUCGGUUCCCGUGCCAGUCGCCGCCACUCGGUGUGUGAGCUUGGGUCAGUGUGCGAGUGUGUGAGUGUGUGAGCGUGUGGAGAGGAUGUGUACAUCUCUAUCUCUUAGCAAAGGCCAAUACCGAUGUAAACGGUGCCUCUGGGCAAAGGAGGGUUGUAUUUUGCACAUUUUAUAAAAAACUUGAGGAGUGUGAGAUUCCCGCUUGUAUAUUUCUAAAGAGAGAAGAGCCCAACCGUCCCUCCCCUCGCCACUCACUCCCUCCUUCCCUCGCAGCCCUUCCUCCCCAGCCCCUAGCCAAGGAGUGUGAAUUUAUAGAUCUAAUUUUCAUAGGCAAAACAAAGCUUCAAGUUGCAUCUCCUGUGGAUGCGUGUGUGCAGCCCCGGCCUGGGGUGGGAAGGUGCGUGGGGCCUUGGGGUUCCUGGCCACGCACCUGGCGCUCAGGCUUGCCCACACCCUGCCCCAGGGCUGGGCUCCCAUGGCCAAGCUUCAGGCUGAUGCCCUUUCUGCAUCUCAAGUCUUCCGUAUAGCAGCUUUAACCCAGUCCGCGUCCAGUCAUGGUCAUGCCUGUGGCUCCCCUACACCAGACCUAAGCCCUGAGCCGAGGGGCAGGGCCAGGGAGGGCGCGGGCCUGCAGGGACGUUCUUACUGUGCUAAAAAGCCACUGCAAACAUAGCAAUAAAAACACGUCAUUUUCCAAA